GUUGUGUAUAUGUUGUCAGCAUUAUCAAUUAUCUGACAGGUCAGUUGCACCACCCGGAUUUCCAGGGCUUACCCAAGCCUCAAGGCUGAGGUUCCUUCGAUUAAUCAUAUUCAUAUGAGAAUAUCAUACAUCUUCAUCUGCUACAGCAUAUCCCCUACACUAGAGUCAAGAAAAUGGACGUCCUAUCUACCCUUAUUUUCUUCAUCCCUGGUAUCCCCCUUUUCCCAACUUCUCGUUCAGGCGCCGAUGAGGCGGAAUUGUUUGAACCCUCACACCGUGGCUUCAAUAAACGAUGGAUAACCCAAGGCUCAGAUGGGACUAGUAUUUCAAUCAAAAUUGACGAAUCCUAUGGUGUAGUCUACAAUUCUAAAGCAGGUUUCUCUGCGCUUGCGUCGGGAUUGUUGAACGACAACCCAGAAUUGUGGUACCGACUUGAAGGUUAUGAUUUCUUUGGCACUGACGAAUCUCGUGCUUCCGGUCAAACCAGAAAAAAGGCACGACCCUAUCUAAGAGACAUUAAAGAAUUUGUAAAGGGCCCUGAAAGAAAAUGGGGUCGAGCAGUUCGAGCUAUACGCUGUAUAGCUGUUGGAGAUGGGAACUUGGAAGUUUCAAUCUCAUGCGGAGUAAUCAUAUCCAAGUUAGUUCGUAUAGAUUUUAUAAGGCAUCCCGACCGCUCUCAUAUUGCCACGGAACGGUUUGCCUCAGAACUCCAAAUACUUGAUCACUUGUACUGCAAUUUAAGAACUAGGAGAAACCAGAAACCUUUUUUCCUCUUGCAAUGCCAACAUGCCGCUCUAAAUAUAUUCACCAAUUUCCUAGAGUUGAUGGCAAUAACUUAUACUGGUCGUCGGAACCGAGACUUCGACCCUCGCUUAUCUGGGCUCCGACGGUGGCAAUUGGAAGCAAUCAUGAGCGACUCCCAACUCUAUCGGGAUUUCUCGGAGUGCGGAAGUGAACUAGUAACUACGAUAGAAUCGUUGCUAGACAUUAUCAUGAGUAUAACAGAAAAAGAAAACGACGACCAAAAGGUUGGGCUCCUGGUGCUUGACAAGGCUCUUCGAGGUUGCUGCAAAGACACCAAGCUACGCCUCACUAGGUUUUCCGAUGGCUUGGAACACAGCCUCAAGUUUCUAAGUAUGGCUCGAGAGUUAAACCAGUCCGGCAAUGUUCAGAAUUUGACGCUUCUGGCUACCAUAUUUCUGCCCCUAUCACUCGCUGCGGGUGUACUCAGUAUGCAAUCAAGAUUCAAAGACUUGGGCACUCUGCUAUACGACUUCUUUGGCGUCGUGGUCCUCCUGGCGACUAUUGUUGUACUCUUCCUCGGUGCCAUGUUUGUCUUGGCUAAUAUAAAGGAGCUCGAGAGCAGACUACUGAAGUACGAGAUCUACAGACAGUUUGGGCGGCGACUUCUUUUAAGUUCACUCGCAAUCAUAUUCAUAACCUUCGGGGCUCUUGUUCUGUCAUCUUUCAUCGUGGGCAUGUUCAAGGAUGUCGUUCUUGGGGCUAGCAUAUUAGGCUACGGAACACUUGUAUUGGUCUUCGGGCCAAUAGUUAUUGGAGUUCUGGUUCUAGGCAUAAAAUAUAUCGUGGAAAUGUUAAAAGAAAUAUUUGAGCGUUUAUUUGAUGUCAUCCGGGGGGUCAAUCGUGACCAGAAAAAUAAGCAAAAAGAUGUAGAGAAGAAUCCAGGACCGCAGCAAGGAGAAGGAGAGUCCGGAGUGAAGAGCGAUAAUAGCGGUCCGGCUAUAGAGAGCCAAGUACAAGGUAGUCGGCGCAUUGGAGAUACUACUUUACUCUCGAAUGAAACUCCUACUAAUGCGGCUGACGGGGAAUCUAGUCGGUAACCAAACAUGUCCAUUCUCGGCUAUUUUGACUCGGCUGGCUGCUCUGAAAUGACCACACAUUAUCUAGCUUGGCGGGGGCACAAAGUACGGGAUGUGCACUUCUUGAAGGUUAUUACUAGCAACUUGUGUACAUAAAUACUUCUUUAUACUGUGAAGUAGUUGGUGGCCUGCUUGAAUUACGAAUAAGUGAAUCUCUGAAGAGGAUAUUACGGAUGUGAUCUAUCAUCAACUUCCAUAUCAGACCUCAACUACAGUAGUUGGGGGGUGACGGGGAAAGAUUUUCACAAGACGUUAGAAAAUAGCCGUCG